ACGAGUCUAUAAAUUCCCAAGAACCUGUUGAAUCACUUUCACUUCUCAAAGCACCUAAAAGUCUAUCUCUCUCUCUCUGUAUACAGUCAUGCAUGCAUAGAGCUUAAAAGAUACGAAAACACCACAAACCAAAUAUCAUUAAGUAAUUAGGAAACUUAAACUAAGUAUGGAAAAUUCGAUGAAGAAGAAGAAGAGCUUCAAAGAAAGUGAAGAUGAAGAACUAAGAAGAGGGCCUUGGACUUUGGAGGAAGACACACUUCUCACAAAUUACAUCCUCCAUAACGGUGAGGGUCGUUGGAAUCACGUCGCCAAAUGUGCUGGGCUAAAGAGAACUGGGAAAAGUUGUAGAUUGAGAUGGUUGAAUUACUUGAAACCCGACAUAAGACGAGGGAAUCUUACUCCUCAAGAACAGCUUUUGAUCCUUGAGCUUCACUCUAAAUGGGGUAAUAGGUGGUCCAAGAUUGCACAGUACUUGCCAGGAAGAACGGAUAACGAGAUCAAGAACUAUUGGAGAACAAGAGUUCAAAAACAAGCUCGUCAACUCAACAUCGAAUCUAACAGCGACAAGUUCUUUGACGCUGUUCGUAGUUUUUGGGUCCCUAGAUUGAUCGAGAAGAUGGAACAAAACUCAUCCACUACUACUACUUAUUGUUGUCCCCAAAACAACAACAACAACUCUCUUCUUCUUCCUUCUCAAUCUCACGACUCUUUAAGUAUGCAAAAAGAUAUAGAUUACUCGGGUUUCAGCAACAUAGACGGUUCUUCUUCAACUUCUACUUGCAUGUCUCAUCUAACAACAGUUCCACACUUUAUGGAUCAAAGCAACACCAAUAUCAUCGAUGGCUCGAUGUGUUUCCAUGAAGGCAAUGUUCAAGAAUUCGGAGGAUAUGUUCCUGGCAUGGAGGAUUACAUGGUAAACUCGGACAUCUCAAUGGAAUGUCACGUGGCGGAUGGUUAUUCAGCGUACGAGGAUGUUACACAAGAUCCCAUGUGGAAUGUGGAUGACAUUUGGCAGUUUAGGGAGUAAUUAAGUCGUCAAGAGAUGAGAUGGUAGAGCCUACCACUACGGUUCUAUUAUAUGGACUAAUAUACUUCUUUUGCUUAACUAAGCAAAAAGUUUCGAACCUUUUACCCAUAUUAUCUCGGGUUGGAGACUAGAACAUGUUAAAUUUGUAUCUUCUUUGUUGCGAGUACUUACUAAGUCAUUGGAUAAAUAUUUAUAAUGAUAGUUUCUUGUACAAGUCUUUGAAUUCAUGAAAUCUUUUAUCAAUGUAUGGAAUUUUAUGAAGUUUUAAACUUUAAUCAUAUUCUUUUCGGAUUGGAA